UUCGAAAAACCCGUCGAACGAAGCGGACGUGUUGCUGGAUGCUGGCGCUCGCGUUGCGGUAUUCAGUUUUUUGUUCGAAUAAACAAACACACGAAAAAUUGUUAACACAAUUUUGUUGGUUCUAUUGUGCGGAAAUCGAGUGAGAGGGGAAAUAAACAGAAACCGCAAGCAAAAGCAACAACCAGGCGCGUCUUUGUGUGUGCGUGUGUGGAGCGGAAAACGAAAGGGGAGCAGAGUGUAAAUAAUACAAGUGCGUGUGGCUCUGUGUGUAUGAGUGAAAUAUGGAAAUUGAAAAUGCAAUUAAUUGCAAAUUAAUGUCAAGCCAUAGAAAUCGCUCAAUUGUUUAAAAAGUGCAAGAGGAAAGUGUCGUUACUGGAUUUGUUGUUGUUUGUUUAUGUCAACGCGGAAGCCAAAAGUGUGACGUGAAAAGUCUACGUAUUUCUGUAUUUUUGCAACAACAAUGAAGCCAUCGAGAAAAGUGCUGAAAUCGUCAAUCUAAAAUCGGAGCUGCCGAGAAGUCUAUACUAUAUAAAAUAUAAACAUUUUUUGGUAAAAUGGCCCCUUUAAUCUCAGAGGAAUAAACAAGGAACAAAUGGUUGCAAAUUGCUCAAAAUAAAUAUGAAAAACCAAGCCAAAAAAGAACUGCAAUAACUCAAGCUCAAACUGAGAUUUUGAGGCCCAGUCGAACGUGGAAUUGACUUGACCCAGAGAGGGGCACCCAAGACUAUAGAAACACAGGUAUAAAGAAACACAAUGCGUAUGGGUAGCAGGCUGAGUAUUGGCGGCUUUAUGCUCGCCCUGGCCAUAAUGCUAACGCAGGCACGUUUCAUUGCGAAAAGAGAAACCGCUCAGUUGGAUCAAGCGGUGGCUUCCACAUCCAUUUCCACUGACCCUGACACUGUUACGCCGGCCAGGGAAAGCGGGAAUGUCGGUGCAGCAAAUGAAGCAAAGGAAGAAGUCCUCGGGGUUACCCAGGAAGCUAUAACAAAGCUGGAAGAUGAACCUGGAACCGAUACUGAGAGCUUAAAGACUAAGCCUACAGAGGAAAGAAUCUCUGAAAUCAGUAGCUCCAAGGAUGGUCUACUGGAGAAAGAGCAACCCAAACCAAAGGAGGAGGAAACUCAGUUGGAGAAGAAAAGCGAAGGAAGCUCAAUAAAUAAGGAAGUCCUUGCUCAACCAGCCACGGAAGACUCAACUAUAAUUCCUAAGACUCAUUUGAAGAACGAACAAAACGAAGCUACAAGCACAACCACAAAGCCUAAAGAACUACAGCAGGCAGAAGUCAAAGAAUCUCUUUCCACGGAAGAACCCCCAAAACAGUCUGAAAUCCCUGAGAAAACUACAGGAACUCCACUUAGCACCACCACCGAGAAUCUCCUAAGGAAACCUGUAACUUUAGGCAUUCCUAGCACCACUGAGAGAUCCUCAAAUACCACCACUCGAUCCUCUGAGCACGGUCGAUCCAUGCAGUACUCCUCAACCACUGAGGAAGCGAUCCAAUCCCUGGCUGCAGUCACACCCAUGAAGUUGAGGGCCCUGCCCAUGACAUCCACUACUAAGAAAACCACCACAACCAGUACUCUCUCAACAAGCACUCCUUCCAUCUUUUCCUCCAAUGAGAACGCCAUCGAAGAGUCGACUUCGGAGUCAGAGCCUGGGAUUCGACAGCUGCCCGAGAAGCGGGCCAAGUUCAUCAGUGAGAAUUCCACAAAUGCCCAGCAAUUGACACUGCCAAAUACCGCAGAGGUCUGGAGUCUGGCGGGGAUGAAGGCGGUACCAAAGGCAGCUCCUCCUCCGCUUGUUACCAGCACCACAGUGUUGCCUUCCUUGAAUCACACUGAUUUGACCAACGACAUUGAAGUGUCCGGAGCGCAGAACCGUACAAAGCAGCAGGAGCAGCAGCAAGUGAAGGAGAAGAACCUACUAGACUGGCAGCAAAUAGCAAUGAUGGAGAACCGCACCGAGUUUGUGGUGAGGACCACCCUUGAAGCCACCGAGGGAGCAACGCAGGCCACCACUGAACCAUUGGAUGAGGAGAGUUACCCAAAAAGUAAAAUUACUCAAGGUUUGGAUGAAACCACUCUGGGUGUGACACCUGCAAUGGCAGAGGGAAAUUCCUCUGAUGAAAAGCUAACAACAACAUCGUCUCGAAUGGAGUUACUGGAUGUUCCAAUGGUCAAAAAGAUGUCCGAAUUGGCCAACGCCAAGUUAACAGAGGCUCAAAAUAAGACAAAAGCCACAACAGAGGCUUUAAUUAACAUUCCCGUAACACAGCAACCCUCAACAGCUGAUGUAACAGCGAGGGUGGCUUUAACUAAAAUGGAAUUGCCAAGUGUAACAGCUUUAUCUGGUGAAAUGUCAGCUCUGGUUAAUGCAACCACUGAGGGAGCAGGAACAGUGCAACAUGCUUCAGCUGAAAUUGAUUCGGAACCAGCAGCAGCAGCAGUAUCUGAAGCAGUAACAUUGGCAACAAUGACAACAACUGCUCCUAAGGCAAACCUAGAAGUCUUAACAUACACAGAAGCCACAACAACAUUUGCAGCGACAGAAGCAACAUUAACAACAACUGCAAUACCAGCUGCUGCAACAUCAACAACAUCUGCAACACAUGCAGCAACAUCAACAACAUAUGCAAUACCAGCAGCAACAUCAACAACAAGUGUAAUACCAGCUGCUGCAACAUCAACAACAUCUGCAACACCCGCUACAACAUCAACAACAUCUUCUGUUAGUUCGGAAACCCCCGAUGUUACCACCAGCAGCACAACUGAAAUGGCAAUUAAAGCCUCUCCUGUAAAUGCCAGUAACAUCAGCAACAUUCAACCAAACAACAAUGAGAGCGAAGCUUACGAGGCUUUUAACAGCAAUGAGAGCAGCAGCAGAAACAUAAACAACAACGACAACCUAGCCUACGAGGUAGAUAAUACCAGUAACGACGUCAUCGUCGCCACAACCAUCACUCCCGAGAGCGAGCAGCAGAGAGCAACAGCAACGACAGCGACAGUCGUCGAGGCAAAACCAGCAGCACCGACAACCGAGGCAACAGCCACUGCUGUUAGUGAAAACUUGAAUGGCGAGGUGAGCACUACGAGUACAAAUCAGCCUGAUAUCAUCGUCACCGGGACGAGUGCAAUCCCAAUCACGAGUGCAAUUACGGGCACAAGUACGAGUACAUCGACUCUAGCUACGACUACGCCUACGCCAACGGAAGUGGCGCAAAUUAGCAAUGAAGUGAAUUUGGAGGCAGUGACAGUGAAGAGUGUGAGCGAAAACGGCCAAGACCUGGGCUCAGGCCCAAUAACGGCCGAGAAAACCGAUAACGCGGUCAAUAACAGUGUGGCCAUAACAGAGAGCGAGCCAGCAGCAGGCACAAGUUCCACCACAACACGAACAACAACCACAACCGGCAGUCCGCUCAGUGACCUCGGUAAACUUAGCCAGGAGCACGAGUCCUCGCUGGAGACCAACAACAUAGGCGAGGCACCCGAAUCCACAACAACAGCAGCAGCAACAUCUGCCACGGAUGAGAGCACACCAACACCAGCAACAACAGCAGCAGCAGCAGCUGGGGCAGCAACAGGUGGCCAACAGGUAAAGGGGACCCUGCACCAUGAAGGGCAACAGGUGGCCGAAGAGCAGGAUACAGAGCAGCAGCUAGCCAAGACAACGAUGGCAGUUAUAACCAGCACCAGUACCACAACGGAGGCACCCUUGACCACUACCAGUACCAGCACUACCAUGCAACCCCCGGUUAUAAGUCUCCUGGACGAUAGCACCACUACCACGACGACUACGACUACGACAACCACAGUUGCUCCUGCAACCGAGGAGUACACGGAAUCGCCUUCGGUGAGCAGCAGCACGGUUAGCAACAUGUUGCCCCUGGACACCACAACCACCACUCAAAUGCCACCGCCCACCUUCAUGGCUCCUUAUCCCAACGAACUGGAUCACAUGCAGACCAAUGCCCAGGGCAAUGGGACGGAUGUCAAUGUGAUCAUAGCCAUCACUGUCAGUGUGAUUUUUGUGGUGGCCCUCAUCCUGCUGGUGGCGUUCCUUUACUUGAUGAGAAAACGCCAAAAGCAGACGUCCUAUGGCCAGCGCUGUCGUCCCGUAAGCCUGGAUGCCUACUCCCUGGACAAUGUCUCAGUGCUGGGCAGUGUGCGAAGGAAGGGCAGAGAUGUGAGGGCAUCCAAGAGGACCUAUGGCAAUGCUGCCUUUGAUGAUCCUUCAUUAAGGCAUAAUCUUUUAACUGCCAGUGAACUGGGACGCUUUGUGGAGAGGCGAUCAGAUGUCUUUGAGGAGUUCCGGGAUGUGCCACAGAUUAUAGCCAGAGCUGAUGAGGUUCCACCUGGUUGUGAGGACAAGAAUCGCUACGCCAACGUGAUUCCGCUUCCUGAGACGCGUGUGGUGCUCCAGCGGCAAGGCGACGAUGACAAAACGGAAUACAUUAAUGCCAAUUAUGUGCGGGGCCCCCGAGAUGCGCCCAAUUACUACAUCGCCUGCCAGGCACCGAUGGAGAGCACGACUAGUGACUUUUGGCGCAUGAUCUGGGAGCAGCAGUCACGAGUGAUCAUCCAGGCGACGGAUCUCAGUGAGAAUGGAAUCGAGAAGUGCGCCGAAUACCUGCCACCAUCGGCCACUUUGGAUAAUCACAGCAGCUAUGGUGACUAUCAGGUGACACUGAAGCAUCGCGAGGUGAAGGACAGAUACGCCAUAUCCACGCUGGUCCUGAAGCGUGUGGAUGGUGAGGAGAGCCGCGAACUCACCCACUACUGGUACAAGUGGCCCGAGGCUGGAGUGCCCGCCGAGGAGGCACCGAUCAUAGCCAUGCUGCUAGAGGCGCGAUCCUCGCUCAAGUCCUAUUGCUUGGAGCAGGCCAACGAGCUGCGCGAGAAGUCGGCGACACUGGAGACAUCGUUGGAUACGGAUGGUGGCGGUGGUACUAAAUCGGAGGCAGGCAGCACGUCCAGCAAUGAGAUUAAUGGAAAUAUAUCCAGCAGGAGCGCAGCCAGAAACCAACAGGGACCCCUAACCGUUCACUGUUCUCCAGGCACGGGACGUACCGGCACCAUUAUUGCCUCAGACAUGGCCAUCCGUAGUCUGGAGACCCCGAAGCGUUCGGUGGAUAUACCACAGCUGGUGUACUACGUCCGGCGGGGACGGGCCAGCGCCGUGCAGACCAAGGAGCAGUAUGAAUUUAUCUACAAGGUGGCCAGCAUGUAUGCGGCCAAGAUCACAAAUCUGUCCAACGAUAACUGAAGAACCAAUCCCAGAAUCGAGUGGAAACCAAGCUGAUCCCAAGCUUGGACCGUCAUCAGUAGCAAAAGUAGCUGUUUUAUAUACGAAAUAUUAGUGUAACUUAGUAUUAUGCUCUGAAUUAAACGUCGUUAUAUUUGUCGGGCUUUAAAAAAAUAUCAUUUAAAAUGUAUGUAUUCCUUUAUUAUUGUGAUAUAAUCGUACAUUCUUAUCUCUCUCGAUAAUCUGUUGCAUAUUUAUAAUGUCAAUUUAUGUUUGUUUUGUUUUCUGCACUCGGCGCAAAUGCGAUCCGGGGCCAUAAUAUCGGAACAAUUGAGAAAUAUUUGGAGCUCUCCAUUUAUAUUUUAAGAAAGUCAAAUAUGUAAUCCAGCUAUGUAUAUGUAUGUAUCUAUUUUAAACGAGCUUUAAUGAACGUAAGUUACUUUUAAGUCCACACACACUGAGCUGUACUGUACUCAUUCAUAUUAUUGUGAAAUAUAGAAAAAAAAUAUGUUCAGCAAA